UUCUUUAAGGUCAAAGAGUAUUCGUCUUUACAUAUUUACUACAUUUUCUUUGUCAUUUAUCUGUUGAUGGACAUUCCGGUUGUUUACACAUCUUGGUUCUCAGGAUGCCUUACUGCCCCAAGUUAUUCUCUCUACUUUCAUUUGCUACUGAAAAGAAAAAUAAUACAUUUCCUCUUACUGCAAAAUUGUGAAAACUAGGAAAUCAUAUCGCUAUAAUUACUACACUAUAACUGAGCUACCCACUGUUCUCUUUGUAUCCCUUAAAUUUACUUUCACCCCACAGCCUGGACAAGAGCACUUGAGACUUGUUGACACUAUUUGGGUCAAAUAAAAAGCUAGAAGUAUAUUGACGUGUUUUCAUUUACAUUCAAAGUAUAGUUACUGGUGUUAAAGUAGGAAGAGGUCCUAAGAGCACAGAGGUGGGAGAGUUACUAGGAGAUACAUCAUAGAACUCAGCAUAUAUAUGUUAUUCAAAAUUACUUUUCAGUCUCUUGUGGCUUUGUCAGCUUACGACAUGAAAUUCCAGCAGGAAAUAACAUAUAAGGUUUAUGCUGAAGUCACCCCUUUGUCAUAACAUUCCGUGUUCUAGCAUCUUUGGAAGGGCCUCAUCCAUUACAUACAUAAGAAUUGCAGGUAUAUCUGAACUCACACUCUCGGUUUCUCUCUUCUCCAAAAGACCAGUGCUUCUCAGUUGUCUUCUUUCAAGCCAGGAUAUCUGCUGCUUAGGAGAUCUGAAUUUUGGCACUGCUAUCUCUACAAAGAUACAAAUGUUCACUCCUCUCAUCAUGUAGAGAAUACUACUUCUGGUCUCCCACAAGAUCCUAUUGCUUCUGUCCAGGACCCAUGAAGACCCAGAAGAGGGAAAUGGAUGAAAAGAGACUCCUGGAUCCUGGGUUGAAGGUUCGUAAAGGCCUCUGGAAUUACACUCUGAAGAGCCAGCAGAUGGAAUGCCGGAGUGACUGAAGAAAAUGGGUGCUAAUGCAUCUAGCUAUCCUCAUUCAUGCUCCCCACGGGUAGGGGGAAAUUCACAGGCCCAGCAGACUUUCAUAGGAACAUCAUCCUAUUCUCAGCAAGGCUAUGGUUGUGAAUCAAAGUUGUAUAGCCUUGACCAUGGCCACGAGAAACCACAAGACAAAAAAAAGAGAACGUCUGGCCUUGCCACCCUCAAAAAGAAAUUUAUUAAACGCCGAAAAUCAAAUAGGUCAGCUGAUCAUGCCAAGCAGAUGCGAGAACUCCUCUCCGGGUGGGAUGUGAGAGAUGUCAAUGCACUAGUAGAGGAGUAUGAGGGAACUUCAGCCUUAAAGGAGCUUUCUCUGCAAGCCAGUUUGGCCAGACCUGAAGCCCGGACACUGCAAAAGGAUAUGGCUGACCUUUAUGAGUACAAGUACUGUACCGAUGUGGACUUAAUAUUUCAAGAAACGUGUUUUCCUGUUCAUCGUGCCAUUUUGGCAGCAAGGUGUCCAUUUUUUAAAACACUGCUUUCUUCCUCACCUGAAUAUGGGGCAGAGAUAGUAAUGGACAUCAGUACAGCUGGUAUUGAUAUGCCCAUGUUUUCUGCCUUGUUACACUACCUUUAUACGGGAGAAUUUGGAAUGGAGGACUCAAGGUUUCAGAAUGUCGAUAUCCUUGUCCAGCUUAGUGAAGAAUUUGGAACACCAAAUUCCCUUGAUGUAGAUAUGCGUGGACUCUUUGAUUACAUGUGUUAUUAUGAUGUCGUCCUUAGUUUUUCUUCAGAUUCUGAACUAGUUGAAGCUUUUGGUGGCAAUCAGAACUGUUUAGAUGAAGAGCUCAAAGCCCACAAGGCUAUUAUUUCUGCACGGUCCCCAUUUUUCCGAAAUUUAUUACAAAGGAGGAUACGGACUGGUGAAGAAAUCACAGACCGAACUUUGAGAACUCCCACAAGAAUUAUAUUAGAUGAGUCCAUUAUACCAAAAAAAUAUGCAAAAGUGAUAUUACACUGUAUGUAUACCGACGUAGUGGACCUCUCUGUUUUGCACUGUAGCCCUUCUGUGGGAAGUCUCAGUGAAGUUCAGGCUCUCGUCACAGGGAAACCAAACAUGACCAGGGCAGAAGAAGCCAUGGAACUUUACCACAUAGCACUGUUCUUGGAAUUUAACAUGCUUGCACAAGGCUGUGAGGAUAUCAUUGCUGACAGCAUCUCAUUAGAUACCUUAAUUGCCAUCCUCAAGUGGAGCUCACAUCCAUAUGGCUCUAAGUGGGUGCACCGACAAGCUUUGCAUUUCCUUUGUGAGGAAUUAUCCCAGGUCAUGACUUCGGAUGUUUUUUAUGAACUCAGCAAAGACCAUCUGCUUACUGCUAUCCAAUCUGACUACCUACAGGCAAGUGAACAAGAUAUCCUUAAGUAUCUGAUUAAAUGGGGAGAGCAUCAAUUGAUGAAAAGAAUAGCAGACAGAGAGCCAAACUUACUGAGUGGUACUGCACAUAGUGUGAACAAAAGAGGUGUGAAAAGAAGAGACCUGGACAUAGAAGAACUUAGAGAGAUCCUUUCUACUCUCUUGCCUUUCGUGCGAAUUGAGCACAUCUUGCCUAUAAACAGUGAGGUCUUAAGUGAUGCUAUGAAAAGAGGCUUGAUCAGUACUCCCCCAUCAGAUAUGCUUCCUACAACAGAAGGAGGAAAGUCAAAUGCCUGGUUACGGCAAAAAAAUGCUGGCAUAUAUGUUCGUCCUCGGCUGUUUUCUCCCUAUGUGGAAGAAGCGAAGUCAGUACUGGAUGAGAUGAUGGUGGAACAAACAGAUCUGGUGCGACUACGAAUGGUUCGAAUGUCCAACGUUCCAGAUACACUUUACAUGGUCAGCAAUGCCAUGCCACAGUGCUGCCACAUGAUCAGCCACCAGCAGAUCAGCAGUAACCAGUCAAGUCCUCCAUCAGUUGUAGCCAAUGAAAUCCCAGUUCCUCGUCUCCUCAUUCUGAAAGACAUGGUGAGGCGCCUGCAGGAACUGCGGCACACGGAGCAGGUGCAGAGAGCCUAUGCACUGAACUGCGGGGAGGGCGCCACUGUCAGCUAUGAGAUCCAGAUCCGAGUGCUGAGAGAGUUUGGGCUUGCAGAUGCUGCUGCAGAGCUCUUGCAGAAUCCUCACAAGUUCUUUCCUGAUGAACGUUUCGGGGAUGAAAGUCCACUCUUGACAAUGAGACAGCCUGGGAGAUGUCGUGUUAACAGUACUCCUACAGCAGAAACCAUGUUUACAGACCUGGACUCUUUCGUGGCCUUCCAUCCACCUUUGCCCCCUCCUCCCCCUCCAUACCACCCUCCAGCCACCCCAAUCCAUAACCAGCUCAAGGCAAGCUGGAAACAAAGGCCUCCCAGUCAUCACCCUUCUCGUUCGUUUUCUUACCCCUGUAAUCACUCACUGUUUCACUCCAGAACAGCUCCUAAACCUGGCCCGCCCCCAGUUUAUUUGCCAGGUGUUAAAGUAGCACCUCCCGAUUGUACCAACACCACAGGCCUGGGAAGACAGACGGUUGCUGCCGCUGCUGCAGCUGCUGCCGCCUCAGCAGCAAUAAUAUCUGAGAAGCAAGCGUGUACACAGCCUGUGCUGAAUGAUUUGAUGCCAGAUAUCGCCAUGGGGGUAUCUACACUGUCACUCAAGGACAGGAGGCUCCCAGAGCUUGCUGCAGACACAGAAUUAUGCCAGCCAGUUUCUGAAGCAGGACCAGGGCCUCCUCAGCAUCUCUCGUGUAUUCCACAGAGACAUACACACACAGCUCGAAAAAAACACACACUAGAGCAGAAAGCAGAGGGUAGAGACAGUCAGCAGGAGUACCCAGAUCUCUAUGACUUCUCAAGUGCGGCUUGCAGACCUUCCACUCCUGCCCCUGGCAGACACACUCCCUCCCCGCCACAUGGUAGAUAUUUUGGUCCAGACUUGUACAGCCACAGUAAGGCAUCACCAAAUGGCUUAAAGUCGGCUUACCUACCUGGUCAGACCUCUCCUAAAAAGCAGGACGAUACUAGGAGAGAAUAUCCACUGUCUCCUGAUGGCCAUCCACACAAGCAGAAGAGUGAGCCAAUACGCUUGGAUGUUGUUGAGCAGCCUCCCCAGAGGUCAGACUUUCCUCCGGCACCCUCAGAAAAUGCUGGCAACGGUCCAGCUCAUGUCAGGGCACGAACUGCAGUAGAAACGGACUUGACUUUUGGGCUGACACCUAACAGACCUCCUUCCCAUUCUGCAUGCAGCUCUGAAGCUCUAGAAGAGCGAUCCAGUAGAAGACUGACAGACAGUGAGUCCCUGAGCCACGGAGCUCAGAGAAGCACGGAUCUGGAAAGGGAUGAUUCCAUAAGCAGAGGAAGGAGGUCACCGAGCAAGCCAGACUUCCUCUACAAAAAGUCUGCCCUCUGAAAGCAGCUUGGAGUCUGUGCCUGAGAUGUGAAGCAUCCUGUUUUAUGAUGUAACCCGACAACUUAGUGAGCGGUUAUCCAUGCCAGCUCAGUCUCACUUUUUAUUCUAGUUUCUCUGUGCAUAUGUUUAUUACACAUGGCAUGCCGAGAGGGUUGUUUUGAAUGCUGCAUCCGUCUCUUUCAUGUGUACCAGUUGUGUGGGAGGCGUCUUAAAGAGAAAGCAAGCUGGCGCUUUCUUCUUCUUUACAGAUGACUAAUUUUUGCACUUGUACAUUUAGUUUAUUUGUAUUGAUUUUAUAACAGUGUGUUAAACUUUAUCGCCACAUUUAAAGGACUGUAUUUUCAUACUUUUUUGCAUUUUACCUAUCAUCUACCAGUUUCCACGUGCAUUGGGUUGCACACUAAGAUGUAUUUUCUUAUAAAAUAGUUGUGUUUAUUUUUUAAUUAUAGAAAUUCCAAAGAACAGCACAUCAUAUGCUCCUCUCUCUUUCAUUUCAGAGAUCUUCCUGUUCAAUCUCCAUAAAUCUCAUGUCAUUCUUUUUUAUAAGUCUUGAAAGCCAAUCUCUUCAUUCCCCACAGCAGGAGUCUAGUCAGGUCUUGAAAUUUUUGGGUUCAGUAAAGAGCAGGAAGCAGGAAAGUCUGGUGCCCAGGCUGUAGCUACUGUGUAAUUACAGUAGCAGCUUUGUUAGGACCCUUGGAGAUUCUGGAGUAGAGUUACUUACUCACUCCAAAAAGAUCUAAUCAGUGGAGUUGGACUUGGGUAAGGAUGUGCACAACUGUAAUCCCAGCACUUGGGGGUGGGGACAGCAGAUCAGAUGUUCAAGGUCAUCUUUGGUUACAUAGUGAACUCAAGACUGGGCUGGUUAUGUGAGCCCCUGCCUCAAAAACAAAUAGUAGUGGAGAUGGUGAUGCCACACACAGGGCACACUGAGGAUGCCUUGCUCUGCAUGUGAUUCACUGGCUGGGGGAAACGACUGCCUUUGGUUGUCUUGCAUUUUGUGGGGAAAAAAAAAACCAAAAGGGCUUCAGUCUUAUGUAUGUCACUUGGUAUUUGUACACACAUACGGUUUUUUUAGUGUUUUCAAAGUAUGUCUGGAUUUUUGUUGUCUUUUACAAAGUUGUAUGAUGCAUAGUUUUUUACCACCAAAAAACUCUUUUGUUUUCAGUAAAACACUACACAUCCUACUUGAACUCCGCUGGAGGUGCUGGUUUGGCAUUUACUGAAUUGCUGAGCAUAUGGGGUCUUUCAUAGUCCUUUCCCUUGGAAGGGCAGUGUGUGAGCUAGGGACUGUUUUGGUUUUGUUUUAUUUUGUGUUUUCUUACCCAAUGUAAAUAUAUUGUUAUUUAAGUUUUUAAAUCACUUCAGCAUCAUUUGAACAUUCACUUUGUAUUUUUAUAAACACACACACACAGCUGUAGCACUUAGAAGAAAAGAAACUUCCUGAACAUUCUUUGUGGAGAAGGUAUUUGGGAGCCUCUUUUCUGUGUGUGUACAUAUAAUUAGGAAUCAUUCACACUCUAAAACUAUGCAGGGCUAGGGAGCCUUCCCAAGCUACCGUAUAAGUGAAUUACACGCACUUUGAAGUAAAUAGGUUUCUAUUAGGCAUCGGCAACUCUGAUUUCUUCUGAAACUGUAGUUUCUCUUAUGGUCUUCUCCCACUUUACCCUAUGGAUAUACACUCAGGAAUGAUCUGAUAUUUAAACAAUCCUAACAACAGAUAAUUUCAUAGAUGGGAAGGUGCCCAUCUCUGUAUACCCCGGCAAUCGCUGCCACUAGUUGUGUUGCCUGACUAGUGGGCUGCUGCUCAUGCAUCUGCUGACUGUGACUGACCCUAGUGGUGUACGUCCUGAACUCAGAGGCUUGCACAGGGCAGGCACAUCUGCUAAGUGGGACUCAUAUCCCCUUUAAGGUCCUUUCUCCUUAAAGUAGAAAUCCACAGGACUCUGCUCUGUGUAAGAGUCGGUAUCUUUUGAAGCACAGUCUCAGAUUGUAGAAGCAAAAAGCAAUUACAUUCUGUUCCUCCCUGUGUGUCUGGGACCUUUUUGACAGGAAUUGUUUUAUAUAGUUUGAGAUUGUUCCAGAUCAGACUGGAUUGUGCAGGUUAACUGCAGACAGAAGCAGUACACCUAAACUUUCUCACCUCUUGACAGGUUUUGGUUUUUUAUGUUUUAGGACCAUUAUUGAUCUCACACUUUUCAUUUCUUGACAAUUCAUUAAAUGUGCUUUCCUAUCCAUAUGAUGUAAUUAUAAAAAAAAUUAGUGGACACUGUUCAUAGUAUUAUUUAAUUUAUAAUGUCUUUUUUUAGUGACUUUUAGUAGAUUACCUGGCCAAAUUGUAUAUAGAGGGAAAUGUUGCUUUAAUCUGUGGGAUUGUGGACUGGUGUGACUUCAGAAGUUAAACAGGUGUGGUUUUGUGUGUGAUAGGAUAGGGUUAGUGGGACAUUAGACUGUGCCUCUGGCUGUGAACCCAUCCAUGAAUUGUUUUAAAUGCUGUACUUACAGAUGUGAAGUCUGGGUAGGGUCAGUUUCAGAAAAGAAGAUAUUUAUGUAUAAUAUAAAUCUUAGGCCACAGGAACUGGCAUUUUUCUUAGUAUAGAAAUUUAAUAACCAAAUCAUAAAAAUCCCAGAUCUCCUUUUGAGGGAGGCCAGGGACAAUCAGGCCGUUUGGACAAUCACCAUUCCAGUCCCUCUUGAGUGCUGAGGCUAGAGAACCAGUGCUUAGGUUCUCAAGAUGUUGUUGAUCCCUUUCUUGUAUUUUUGUUUUAGUUUUGUAAUUUUGAAAAAUAACUUACAUUUAAAGUCAUCUGUGGAUCAUAAGGAAAAACAAUCAUCUAAAACAGAUCCUUAAAUUUUCAUACAUCAUCACCCUUUUACAUUCCCCCAUUGACUUUAUUUCUGAGUGCAGCCCCCAGGCCAAAGCUGACCUAGCAUUUAAGUAACCUGUUGGCCUUUUAGGACUUGCUGUGUUGAUAAUAUUUAUCUUUCUGGACCUCUUGUAUAACUGAACCUAAGUCUUGAUUUUUGCUUCCUUGUUGGCUGUCCUCCUUGGUUUUAGGGGGCUUUUGUUUUGUUUUUUAACAUUUACCAUCCUUUACUGUAUUUUCUUUCAUUACUUGUUGAAGUUCUAGCAGUGGGCACAGCCCUUGUACAUUUGAAUGAAGCUGACACUUCAGAACAUAAUGGAAGCCGGUGAAUGCCAGUAGCGCCAGCUGGGCCGAAGCUGACCUCAAGCGCAUUCUCUGGAGUUGAAGGAUCAACAUUCACAGCGUCUACAAAGAAGGAGAUGUGUCUUCAUAAUACUGAACUUGCCUUUUAAGGGAAAAAUGCAUUUCACAAAAUUUGCAUAAGGCCAUUGUUUUACAGUGAACGAUAAGGCAUUUACGUGUUUCUUAGGGCUGAGUUAAGCUCUUUGUGGUCAAUAGACUAUUAACUAAUGCCGCAGUGAUGGGUGCUAUUCCCGGGUCUGCAGUGGUUCACAAUGUCUACCAUGCCGUUACUUUCAAGCCUCAUUCAGAUAAUCUUUCUAAGAGCUAUUCUGCACGGCCUAGAGGUGUUUUACUAUCUUCUCUCAAAACUGCUGUGUGAACAGUGCUCUGUGAAGUGUAAGUUAUUUUGUCCCAUCAGUUGUACUAGUUGUCAUGUGGUUAUUGUCUGGGCAAGUCUUUUGAUUUUGUUUUCCCUAAAAAAUAUAUCCAUGAUUGUACCAAUCUUCUGUAUUCAGAAUAUUAUAAUGCUGCGGUCAUUUCUAUAGAUGGACUGUUUGCAAGUUUGUGUCUUGGGAAUAUCUUCUACUUGUGUGUCUAUGUGAGCUCUGAGAUCAGAUACACUGUGGAAGAGUCCUCGGGUGUACCUGUACGUGACUGUCCAGGUUAUCUGGGUAGGUCCUAGGGAAUUCUGCGCUCAGAUAGGGCAGCUGAAACCUGAGGUACCUGAGCUCCCCUCACCGUGUAUGUGCCACAUCUGGCCUCCACCACUGAGUUUCUUGUGGUUGUGCUGUUAAUGGUAAAGUCAAGUGCCUUCAAUGCUAAAGGCUCAGAAAUCUUUCUUAAACUGAUUUCAUGUCCUAUGCAAGUGUUUUCUACAACCUGCAUAACCAGUACUUUGUAAAACUUGUUUACGCUUCAAUUGUACAUAGUGUUUUUUAAAGAAAUAUAUAGUAUUUUUAUUUAGGUACCUCCAAACUUGAACUCGUCUGUGUGAAACAUUGUAAACAAUACAUUUCUCUUUUGAGUCCAUCACAGUUGUACAGAGGUUUUCACUGGUUCUAUUUUUCUACUGUUACUGAUAAGCAUGUAACACUGACUUUAUCCUACAUAUAGUUGGCAUUUCAAAUAAAUGGCUUGUAUAGAA